AUGGCGAACCAAAAUGACAUGUCGAACUGCUCCUCUACGAGCUGCCGAAACCCAGGCACGCGCCGCUGCACCGGUUGCCAACUAGCAGAAUACUGCUCCCCAGCAUGUCAGAGAGCCCAUUGGGACAUACACAAAGAGGCGUGCAUGGGGGCAAAGAAAUACAACUGUUUCAUCGUCCGCGCCACUCCCAUUGACCCGGCGAAAGAGAAUCCCACCGAUGCGGACUAUAUCGAACCGAUGCCCCUGGCCUCAUACGGUGAAUGGUUCGCGGAACUGGAAGAGGUAUUGAGAAUAACCAGAUGGACCGGCAUUCUCGAACCCGGCAGAUUCUACUCACACAGACCCGUUAAUCAUUGGCAUUAUCAUGUUUACCAGCAGCAUGAGAAGACAGAAACACCGAGGAACCGACUUAUGAGUCAGUGCUUCGACAAGGAAAUUCAUGGCGACGUUGCAGUGGUUAGGUCGUCUGAUGUGAGAGUCAAAGAUUACUCUACAGAGUUCUCCAGGACGGAGUUGGUUCGCACAUUGGGGUUUUACAAAAAUAUAAACGCUGGAGAUGAAACUUUCAGGCGGUCCAAAAUAGAAACGGCUGGUAAUACGAGGUUGUCGCUGGAGGUUAUAGAUGUAGCGGCGCCUAGAGAUUACAUUUUUGAUAAUACCCCUGGGCGCAUAAAGCCAUGGAAGCUAAGUGAUUUUGAGUGA